AUGAAAAGAUUGAGAGAGAUUGUCUUUCCUGCAGUUUUUGUUUCGACGAGUGUUUAUGCAGGUUCGACUUUUAUUUUGGAUAGAUAUUGGUUGGGAUGUGUAAAUGGAGCUUCAAUGAAACCAACUUUAAAUUCGGAAUGGGGAGCCUACUCUAGGAAUGCUAGUCCAUUGAGCUCAAUUCGUGAUUGGAUAGUUAUUAAACGAGUGAGGAAUCAUAAACAAGAAUUAAAAAUUGGAGAUAUUAUUGUAUUUGUUUCACCGGAGGAUCCAAGAACAACAGCUGUUAAAAGAGUGAAGGCAUUACCUGGAGAAAUUUUUCAACCAAAAAGAUUGAAUUCCGAAGGAUAUUCACAAACAGCAAAACUAAUUCCAAAGGGACAUAUUUGGGUGGAAGGAGACAAUUCUUCUUCUAGUAUUGAUUCAAAUAAUUAUGGACCUAUUCCAAUGGGUUUAGUUCAAGGAAAGGCCACGUGUGUACUCUUUCCAAAUUUUAGGUGGCUCUAA